GCACUCAAGAACGAGCGAUUACGUCGGAUACGUCAAUUUGAAGAGUGCAGCAAACGAGUGCGGGAUGCGAAGCAGAACGGACUAUGGCGGAGUACAAGUUGGGGUGGUGGAUUCCAAGAGUACAAAGGACAAUACGACGAAGAUAAUCUGUGGAAUAAGAAACGUGAGAAGAAAGAUAAACCAAUCGCACAUGUUCAAUGGAAUCUGCAAGCGAAUCGCGAGCAAUCCUUCUCGUAUGCUGACGACUCGCUAAAGGAAUCAACACGGAAAGGCGAUAACAACAAAACUAUGGAACAACUAACUGUACCAUCCAGAAUCAUACUACCAAAAACUUCGGCAUCUGCUGGCAAUUCACCGAAUCUAUAUCGAGCCAACAAUUUCAGUUCUAGUAAAAAUACGUCAAGUAAUACCGCGUCUACAACGAUCACUUUUACCUCACAAGUCCCGAACUCAGUUGAAUCUACGAAUGCUAUGAAGAACAAGCAGUUACCAAGACAGACGCUAGCUGUGAUGAAAUCAGCAUCUACAUCACAAGUGAAGUUGGAACGAAUCGGACACGAACAUUACGCGAAGAGAAAAAAUUCUGGUGGUCCUGCAGCUAGCGAUAUGCAAAUCAGCGAUCAACAGUUGAGAUCGUCACCAAGGUCGAACCGAAGUGCAGUCACCAAGAACGAAGCUUCGAGGACGUAUUCUGGUGAUUCGUCGAGUGGAACGGAUGUGAGAAGACUGAAUGGAGAUGUCCGUGGCAAUGCUUCAGAUGUGCCCUAUCAACGUAUAGCAGAUUCUGCGACGUCGUCGUCAGUUNCGACGUCGUCGUCAGUUUUGAGCGGUCACGAGAAUCAAGGCAAUAGGUCACCACAUCACAGGCAUCACCAUCAUCACCACCAUCAUCCUCGACUGGAGUCGGCCAAUUACAGUGGUUCGCACGAUUGA